UGAUUCCGCGCGUAUCCAAUGGCAGAGUCGAGGGGAGAUUAUGAGGAUUUAAUGUUGACGUUGAGGGAUUAGUGGUCCAGGGGAAACAGAGACAGACCCAGAAUCAAAUAGGCAAUGUUUUGACAUUGAUAUCGGCGCUGUAGCCUGUAAAGCAUCCUGCAGGAAAAGUCAUGAGUCAGUUUCGGGUGUUAGCGGGUGUGCUCAGGGGUCGUUGUGUAGGGGGGAGUCAGUGGCUGCGGGCGUGUGGAGGUGGAGGUGGCCCGGCCAGGCGCUGGGUUGAUCCCCGGAGAGGCUGCUCUUCUGAGGCUGCGCCCGUCCCCUCAGCGGUGGCCAGCAGCUCCAGCUAUGUGGAGGAGAUGUACUUUGCCUGGCUGGAGGAUCAUAAAAAUGUCCACGAGUCUUGGGACGCAUUCUUCCGUAACAUCCAGGCCUCCAGUCCGUCUGGCGAGGCGGGUGAGAGACGCCCCUCCGCUCUGCUCCAGGGCCGAGCGCUGUCCCACUCUCCAGACAUGGCACAGAAAGUUGUGGAGGACCACCUGGCCGUGCACACUCUCAUUAGAGCCUACCAGAUUCGUGGUCACCAUGUGGCCCAGUUAGACCCUUUGGGAAUCCUGGAGGCUGACCUCGACUCCUUCGUUCCCUCUGACCUGAUCACCACCAUUGAUAAAUUAGGUUUCUACGGUCUUGAUGAGUCUGAUUUGGAGCGGACCUUCCAACUGCCCCCCACCACCUUCAUCGGAGGAGGGGCCACCACUCUUCCUCUUAAAGAAAUCAUACGCAGACUAGAGACAUCCUACUGUAGUCACAUAGGGGUCGAAUUUAUGUUCAUAAACAACGUGGACCAGUGUCAGUGGAUUCGUCAGAAAUUUGAGACUCCGGGAAUCAUGCAGUUCACUAACGCUGAGAAGAGGACUUUGCUUGCCCGCCUGAUCAGAUCCACACGGUUUGAGGACUUCUUGGCCAGAAAAUGGUCAUCAGAGAAACGUUUUGGUCUGGAAGGCUGUGAAGUGCUCAUCCCUGCUCUCAAAACCAUGAUUGACAAGUCGAGCGCUGACGGCAUCGACAGCGUUAUCAUGGGGAUGCCUCAUCGGGGUCGACUGAAUGUGUUGGCCAAUGUGAUCCGUAAAGAACUGGAUCAGAUCUUCUGUCAGUUCGACCCCAAGUUAGAGGCUGCCGAUGAGGGGUCAGGGGAUGUCAAAUACCAUCUUGGGAUGUACCAUGAGAGGAUAAACCGUGAGACAGACAAAAACAUCACGCUGUCACUCAUGGCGAACCCCUCACAUCUGGAGGCAGUGGAUCCAGUGGUUCAGGGCAAAGCCAAAGCUGAGCAGUUUUAUAGAGGAGACACUCAGGGAAAGAAGGUGAUGUCCAUCUUGAUACAUGGUGACGCUGCUUUUGCUGGACAAGGAGUUGUGUAUGAGACUUUCCACCUGAGUGAGCUCCCCUCUUACACCACACAUGGUACAAUCCAUGUGGUGGUCAACAACCAGAUUGGCUUCACCACAGACCCUCGAGUGGCCCGCUCCUCCCCCUACCCCACCGAUGUGGCUCGGGUCGUCAAUGCACCCAUCUUCCAUGUGAAUGCUGAUGACCCCGAGGCUGUCAUGUACGUGUGUCGGGUGGCUGCAGAUUGGAGGACCACCUUCAAUAAGGAUGUCGUCAUUGACCUGGUUUGUUACAGGCGGUUUGGUCACAACGAGAUGGACGAGCCGAUGUUCACCCAGCCGCUGAUGUACAAACAGAUCCGUCGGCAGGAGCAUGUGCUGAAAAAGUACUCUGACAGACUCAUUGCUGAGGGAGUGGUGACACUGCAAGAAUAUGAGGAAGAGGUGGACAAAUAUGACAAGAUAUGCGAGGAGGCGUACACCAGCUCCAAGGAUGAAAAGAUUUUACACAUUCGACAUUGGCUCGAUUCUCCCUGGCCAGAUUUCUUCACAGCAGAGGGAGAGCCCAAGAGCAUGAGCUCUGUCCCCACAGGACUGGACGAGGAGGUCCUGCAGCACAUUGGACAGACAGCCAGCUCAGUGCCUCUGGAAGAUUUUAAGAUCCACCCUGGUGUGUCUCGUAUCCUGCGUGGUCGGUCCGACCUGGUGAAGAAUCGGCAGAUGGACUGGGCUCUGGGAGAGUACAUGGCCUUCGGUUCCCUUCUCAAAGAUGGCAUCCAUGUACGACUCAGCGGGCAGGAUGUAGAACGAGGCACCUUUAGUCACCGUCAUCAUGUUCUGCAUGACCAAGAGGUGGACAAGCGUACCUGUGUUCCCAUGAACCACCUGUGGGACAACCAGGCUCCCUACACCGUCUGCAACAGCUCCUUAUCAGAGUAUGGAGUGCUCGGUUUUGAGCUUGGCUUCGCCAUGGCCAGUCCCAACGCUCUGAUUCUCUGGGAGGCCCAGUUUGGAGACUUUCACAACACGGCCCAGUGUAUCAUCGACCAGUUCAUCAGCCCGGGCCAGGCCAAGUGGGUCCGCAACAAUGGUAUUGUCCUACUGCUGCCACACGGGAUGGAGGGAAUGGGUCCAGAACAUUCGUCAGCUCGACCUGAACGCUUCCUGCAAAUGAGCAAAGAUGAUCCUGAUCACUUUCCUGAGUUCAGUGGAGAUUUUGAGGUCCAGCAGCUGUAUGACUGUAACUGGAUUGUGGUCAACUGCUCCACACCUGCAAACUACAGUCAUGUGCUCCGACGGCAGAUUCAGCUGCCAUUCAGAAAACCGCUGAUCAUUUUCACUCCAAAGUCUCUGCUGAGGCACCCUGAUGCAAGGUCCAGUUUUGAUGAGCUUGCCAAAGGCACUAAAUUCAAGAGGUUGAUUCCAGACGAGAGCCCUGCCAGUAAAAGCCCAGCCCAAGUGAAGAGGGUGAUCUUCUGCACAGGCAAAGUCUACUAUGAACUGGCUAAAGAGAGGAAGAAGCAAAAACUGGAGAAAGACAUUGCCAUCAUCAGACUUGAACAGAUCUCUCCAUUCCCAUUUGACCUGGUCAGAGCAGAGACAGAGAAAUAUGCCAAAGCUGAACUGGUCUGGUGUCAGGAGGAGCACAAGAACAUGGGUUACUACGAUUACGUUCGGCCGCGCUUCCUAACAGUGGUGGCCAACAAGAAGCCCAUUUGGUAUGUGGGACGGGACCCUGCAGCAGCCCCCGCGACAGGGAACAAGUCCACCCACCUCAACGAGCUGAAGAGGUUCAUGGACACAGCUUUCAACCUGAGCGCUUUCCACGAGAAGAACUAGUAACUGAGAACUGGAGCAAGAAUCAGACUGGAGGUGCAGUUUCAUCUCCAACCGUCACAGCCUAUUCAUCAAGACUUGCUAUGACAAUUUGGCACAUUUUAAAAACUCUUUAAGCUUUGUGACAAUCUGGAGGAUAGAGUUUUUAGUAAAUAUAAUUUUAACUCUUGAUAUGUCAGGAACACUAACUGACUCAUGCAUAGAUCAGGUCUCUGUCAGAUUUACUAAGUGAUAAUUGCUCAUACCUAACCAAUAAUAGCUUGCAGUCUUUGACAACCUGCAGCGACUAUGAUGUGAGAAGCAUUAUGAGCACAACUGGGCUCAUAACAAAAAGUGGACACAUUCACUCACAAUCUUUUCAGGGCUUCAGGGUUUCUCCUAAAUGUGGCUUGUCAUCCACUGGGAAACAAGAUAGGACGACAAAUUGUGUGUCAAGUUAAAUCAAGUUAUACUUAUUUAUAUUGUCCUAAAUCCCCGUAUCAACUUUUAUUCUGUCUGGUUAAGGAGAACCUCCACACAAAUCACCUCAUUUCUAGAAUCAGGAAAUUUACAGGACGAUAUUAUGUAGCCUGAUUUCAACUUUACUGAAUCUGCACUUUAUUCAAUCAGCACUAUUUAACACAGGGCUUUUAUGAGGGCUUUAAAUGGAUGGUUUGGAUUUACUGAAGUGAGGUUGUAUGAGGUAAUUAUUUAUAGUCAGUGUAUUACAUACAAUAGAUGGCGUUCAGUACUUCCCCAGUUUGGUGAAGCUGGCAGGAGGACCGACAGGGAAGCUAAGCUAAGUCCUGCUGUGGACAGGGGCUGCAGCAAAUGUAAUUUAGCUACCUAAAAAAGGGGCCACUUGAAAAAAAAACACUAUCAAUAUAAGUGUAUGCUAUAUUUUUUAAAAACCUGCCACUUUACCUUGCCAUCAGACUGAACUUUAUGUCAGGGAACUGAAGUUAUUAUAUCCAUCUCUUCUCUCUUGAAAGCCACCAGACUCCAUUGACAAAAACAGUAAUUUUACCUCAAAUAACAUGGGAGUCGAAGGUAUUCUACUUUCUCAAGAGGUUGGUUAGUUUGUGUUAUUUUGUAACUUUGGUGAAUCCUAACUAACCCUUUAAAACGUCAAAGUCACACAAUAACAACAAUUAGCUGUGUGGUGAUGUAGCAACAGUACACUCUUUGUACGCCUAAUAACAUUCACACAGCCGAAUUUAGAUUUAUGACAUCACUGUUAUUAGAGUAGCUUUAGAUACCUGCACUGCUGAAUACUAGUACAUAGUACUGAAUAAUUGUAUUUGUGUUGAUUUUUGUAGAUGAAUAGUUGAAGCUAUGAGACGCACACAAAACACCAACUGGUGUAUCUAAACAAAUGAAUGUGAAAUACAUAUCACAGGUAUGAAGACUGUUUUGAAAUUUAACACAUCAGUAGGUUUAGUGCCUGUUUUUGCUUUGGCUACCUUAGCUGUUAGUGAAGGGGUGUGUAUUUAUUGUCACACUUCACUUCACCAGGAGACAUGAGCCAGCUGGCACAGAGACUUGCAGCCAUGUUUUCUACUUAGGACAUACGGCUCGGCUUCCUCUUUGGAGGCUGAGGGAUGCACACACAUAAACACAGCAAAGCUUUGGAUGCUUUUGAGAGCAAUAUUGACGCUUGGUUGUCACAUUAAAAUCCCCAGGUAUUUAACAGAAUUGAUAUUUGUUACCUCUGUGUUUAGAAAUGUUCCAUAAAAUUAUGCUUCCAGUUUAGCCAUGGUGUAGCUUACCCUUUCCACUUCAUUUUACAGUUUGUGUGUUCUAGUUUUUUAAUAAAGAAAACAUGUCCACAUGGUAGAGUGGUUAUGGAGAAAUAGGCACACAUUUACACUGGGAAAAAUAAAAUAUGCAAUAAAGUAUAU